GGAAAGGGAACAGGAAGUUUGAGUUGUCUCGUUUCUAAGCAACGACUGUAAACACAACUCUACUGGAAGCAGAUAUUAACGAGUUCAUUAAACCUGAGAUGAUUCAUCGGUUUACUUUCGAAGAAAGAAGAAGUCGGGUUGACGCUCCUGCUGAAGCUGUACAUGGGACUGAAACUGAGAUAUAAACAUGCAAGCUGUGCCACACCAUCGAUUCACGGAGCAUUUCUGGGAAAGAGAGACCGAAUCCACAAAACUUCCAUACUUGCAGAGAGAGGGCGUGAGCAGACGGCGCAGUCCCUCGGGAGCUCAUCACCACCUCAGACAGCAGGUUCUAGAAAACCAAGAGGGAAAGAUGAGCUCCACGAGAGAGAGACAGCAACCCCGGCAACAUCCCGACAACCUCCACGGAAAGAAACACAUGCAUCUGGAGGAGCGGAGUGAAUACGUUCCUUCACGGAGAGAAUCCGACAAAUUAUUCCCUCUAAAACCGGUCCUCCACAAGAGAGCCUACAGCCUGAGUAACGUCCCCAAACCAGAGCAUCAAGAGAGACUUUACUCGUGUUUGAUGGAUCAGGCGGUUAACAGACACCAGCAGAAGGUCUUAAAGAAACUAGACGCUCUUAAUUCAGACUAUCUAGGAAGAAAAACCCAGACAAAGAGCGAUGUGGACCGUGAACAGAGGCAUACAUGGCUGUCAAAGGAAAUCCGCUCGGAGGAGAUGAUGCUCCAGGAGAAGAUUUUCAAAGCAGAGGAGACUCUGAGAAGACUGCAAAGAGAGAGGAGGGAGAGUGCAAAGAGAGAUAGGAGAUACUUGGAAAAGAUAAAGGAGGACGACGGGUUCUACAGGAAGGGAUGCAAAGACUGGGAUGAGGAAAGAGACAGAUAUCACGGGGAAUACAGGAAUGAGAUGGAAAGGUGGGAGGAAUGGGAGCGAGGGAAAGACGGCGGCCAGGUGGAAAGGAGCAAAGAAAGCGCGAAAUGGAGAAGACCUUUGGCCUUAGAGAUGAGAAAGGGCCACAAGCUGGAGGAAAUGAGAGAGCGGGAUGGGUAUGAACAGACAGCAAAAAACAGGAGCAGGGAAAUGAGCGAUGGGCGAAGAGAGAGAGGAACGAGGCCAAGGGAAGCGCGCAACCUCUAUGAUGAAGAUCAGUACGACGUGAGAAAAACAGAUCCGUCUGACUCCGUGAGAAGGGACAGAUCUCACCUCGAGCACGAGAGGAGAGGAAAUAAAGAGGGUUCGUAUCAGCUCUCGAAGGAGGCGGUUCCGGAGAGAAACCCCGGCCAGAGAGGGAAGCACCUGCAGCGGGUGGAGCUCAGUCUGGAGGAGGAUCCGGACGCUCCUCACCAGCUCGUCCCGUGUGACGCGUGCCAGCGCUGCUUUGCAAGAGACCGCCUGGAGACGCACAUGAGGGUGUGUGAGAGAAAGCGGCCGCAGCGCAAGGUAUUCGACAUGUCCCAGUACAGAGCCAAAGGAACAGACCUCGAGGAGUUCAUGAAGACCAACAGCAGGAGCAAAACGCCACCUAAGAAGAAUAACUGGCGUCAGAAGCACGAGGCCUUCAUUCAAACCAUGCGUCAGGGCCGCGCUCACGAUCUGCACCCGGAGUAUGUCCGCUGCCCUCACUGCGGCCGUACGUUUGCCCCGGGGCCGGCGGAGAGACACAUCCCCAAGUGCCAGAACAUCAGGAGCAGACCACCGCCUCCCAGACAAGCGCUCAGCAGCAGGAGGAAGACCACGCAGUGACUCUCCAAGACCUCCAUGACUUCAGAAGAACAACCUUCUUGUGUAAAACACCUGUCUAUUAGCUUAUUCUGCUUUGCUGCAGCAGCACACUUCACUAACCUACAGUUCGUGACGUUUUUAUUAGGUUUCCCCUUGAUUUCCCCAGCAGAAAUAUACAUUUGCAGCUCAUGAAAUGCAUUUAAUGUGUCUUUAAAAGUAAGGUUCAUGUUUUGAGAUCUUAAUGUAAUGUUCAUUCAUGAAUAUGCCAUUUUUUAAAAUACAUGUGUGUUCGUGGUA